AACUCACGAAUCCCAAAUCCACGGCCAUACAUUCCGCCUAAACUACACUUUGGUUCGUAAUUUAAAAAAUCAAGCUGAGUUGUCAUUUUCAAACCCAAAAAUCGCGUCUCUUGCUCGUCGUAUCUAUAAUCUAUAAUCUAUAUAAACCCUCCUCUCUGUUCACUCUCUCUUCGUCCCAUCCCUUAGAAUUGCUUCGAUUCUCUCUAUUCACACCUCUCCGCGCUAUCUUUCUGGUUAAUUAGCUGUUCGGAUGGAAUUCAUGAUCAGGAAGAAAAUGAGGACUGGUAAUGGAAGUGUACAAGGUGCAGACAGAAUCAGUAGCUUGUCGGAUGAUUUGAUACACAACAUUUUGUCGAAUGUUGAUACAAGAACUGCGGUUCAGACAAGCGUUUUAUCAAAGAGGUGGGAACUGGUUUGGAGAACUCUUCCUUUUCUUAAGUUUGAUGGGUAUGGAAAAUAUUUCAACAGGAAAGAAGCUCGAUUUUCGAGGUUUGUUGACAAGGUUUUCACAAAUCGGAACCAUGAGUCUCAGAUACUAAAUUUGGAACUCAAUGUGAAAAAGGCAAUCGGUCCGGAUUUAGUUGAAAAUUAUGUGCAGUAUGCAAUUUCCCACCGUGUUCAUGACUUCCAUGUUGAUUUGUGUCAUAUUUAUCCAUUGUCGAUUUUCAGUUCUACUUGGUUGAAGGAACUUAAAUUGACCAUGAGACCUGGAUCUGAGGAAGUUUUUUGGACAGACUGUUGGAAUUUGCCUGUUUUAACAAAUCUUCAUUUAAUAUGCGCUCAUCAUAGCCACGAAUUGUCGAUGUCACUUUUCACAUGCUUGCCCGCGUUGGAAACCCUGUGUCUUGAGCAAUGGUAUUUGCCGAAUUCUUUUCGUUUACCCACUUUAAGAGUUCUCUGCCUGGCAAGGUGCAUUAUGCCGGAAAUCGUUUGGCAUUUGCCAGCUUUGAGUAGUCUAGAGUUGGAUGAUGUAGUAUUUUCUGCGAAUAUGAAUGAGCUUUUCUCUGUUCUUGUCAGACUUCAGAAUCUUGCUUUAUCAUUUCGUAAGAAAAAUAAGCAACAAUUCAUUAUAUCUUGUCCCGAAUUGUUGAACUUGGAACUCAGGACCAGCAGCAUGACUAAUACAAGUUCUCUUACCGGUAACAUUGUGGUUAUGGCACCAAAUCUUCGUAGUUUCAGUUCUGUUGGUAUCUUUCCUGUUAUGUGCGGAGUUUCCAGGUUAGAGAAUGUAAAUAUCAAACUAAGGGGUUGCUUUAAAGACAAAAGUAAGUUUCCGCUGGAGUACCUAGAACAGUACUAUCACCAAUUUAUAUUUAUGUUUCCAGGAUUGGGUAAUGCCAAAAUUCUCACUCUCGACUUAGACACCGUUGAGGCACUUAGUGCAGUCUCUGACUUUCUGGCACAUUUUCCAUCUCCAUUUUAUAACUUAAAGUAUGUUAAGCUACCGAAAGGAUAUCAGCAAUCAAGUCUAUCUGGUACAUUAAAAGGAUACCUGCUUGGUGGUUCUCCAGAAGCCAGCAUUGUAACAGCACUGACACAGUGUCACAAUAAUACCCAAUCAGAUUUGGUUUCGGUGCCAGCUCGGAAUGCUUUGCUUCAAGAACCUGUUGCCAGAGCAGGCAAUGAUCAAGCAAGCUCUUCAUGGGAAAGUGGUUUUCGGCUUUGGAGGGGUCAUGAGGUUAUGUCAGAGUUUGUAAGCCUACUUGAGCGGAUUACAAAAGAGUACCCAGAUACUCUGGAGCACAUCAUUUCAAAAGUCGAUAUUAUUCAGACUAUGAUGUUGAAUAUGUUUUGCAUAAUAGUGACUUCGUAUAUGAACACGGCGGUAACUGAUGUCAAUGCGGACAUGAUCACGGAGUACAGGGCAUUAUUUUCUGACUUGCAGAGAUGGGGAUUUGACAUAAGUUGGCUGAUCAGACGUCUGAACUAUGUGGAAGAACUCCGAAACUCAAAACCCUUAAUUAAUGAGCUUCGUGCAAUUCUCUUUCGCGUUCAUGAUAUGCAGACUCUUUGCCCUGAGAAGAUGACAGAGAUUCACAAGGCUUUUGGAACCAUGGAUGCUGGCCUUUCUCUUCACUUUAUUGGCGACGAUUUACUUCCUAGUUCUUAGUUAUCUUAUGGUCACCCAGGCAAGAUGAAUUUACAGACAGUAUAUGGUUUUAUAUACUAUAUAUAGUUUAAGGGUGGUGCAUUAGUUUGUCAGAAAAUGUAUCAUUUGAAUUUACAUGUUUUAGUUUUCAAAAUAUGCCAUAAAAUACAGCUUAUAUAGCCUUACAAUUUUAGUAUUAUUGUCGAGGUGAGCCAGAGUCAGUUACCUGGCCAAGAGAGAAUAAACCCUUAAUCAUUUGGGCUAUCUAAUAGUGCUCAAACACGACACUCGUUUAAAGAAUCAAGUUGUGUUAAUUUUUGUGGAUGGUUUUCACUUGAAGCUUGUGCUUCUUAUUUGUUUUU